CAAAUAGACAACGUGGCUAUAUAAGAGAACGGCGAGAUAGUGCAGUGUGCGAGUAGAGCAAGAGAAACCGUACGGCGAGCUGUCGCCGUUGUGUGUUGUGUUGUGUGUCAGUCGUUUGCACCUAGUUUCGCGAGUCUUUAUAUUUCAGUAACAACAAAACGGAGCAAGUCCAGAGUUAAGUGUUAUCAUGUAUUGUUUCAUCCUUAUCGCUAGAUAAGGAGUGGUGCGGUGCGUGUCAUGCAUCGUUCGGACAACUAUCAAAAUUAUUUUGUGAACAGCUUUUUCGUGAAGUGCUGCACACGCCUACGCGGUAGGGGCUGAGAGUGUGAGAAGCGAAAAAGAAACAGAGUGAAAGCGCGAUGGUGACGGUAGACGAGAUCAAGAGCAAAUAUCCGUUGCACUGGCUCGUCUGGAAUAACGAACAUGCACAACUUGAUAAGGAACUUGCUGCCAAGCAGCAUGAUAUUGAGCUGCAUGACAAUCGAGGCAGAACACCUUUGAUGUUAGCUGUUACUUUAGGGCAUAUUGAAGCAUCUAGGGUUUUACUGCAACACGAUGCUAAUAUUAACACGGAAAAUAAGCAAGGAUGGAGUGUUGUACAAGAAGCUGUUGGAACUGGAAAUCCAGAGCUUGUACAAAUGGUUCUUGCCAGAAGAGAUUAUCAGAGGUACUGCAGUCGCGUAGCUGGCAUACCUGAAUUACUUCACAAACUUAAACAAGCUCCAGAUUUUUACGUUGAGAUGAAAUGGGAGUUUACUAGUUGGGUACCAUUGGCUUCUCGAACGUGUCCUAGUGAUACUUACAAAGUAUAUAAACAAGGCAGUAAUGUGCGAAUAGACACAACUCUCCUAGGUUUCGAUCGCGCUAACUGGCAACAAGGAAAUCGUAGUUAUGUGUUCAAAGGGCAAAACCAACAAGCACCCAUCGUUAUUAGGUGUGAACGCAGUUAUGUGUUCAGCCUUCAAAAGUUUCAUUCAGAUGAUGGUGCUACAAUGAUGGAAAUUGACCAUGAAACUAGAAAAGUCUAUGUAGAACAUAUGAAAUUGAUUGGUGAUGAUAACAUACAAUUGAUGGAACCAUCAGAAGAAGGUGUGAUGGCAAGAUUAACCAAUCCUAUUGUAACAACGUACAUAGAUACAGAAAAGAUUAGUUUUGAAAGGAAUAAAGCAGGUUUAUGGGGAUGGCGUUCCGAUAAAAGUGAAGUUGUAAAUGGACAUGAGUGUAAAGUAUUUAGUGCUAGCAAUGUAGAAUUAAUAACAAAAACGCGUUUAGAACAUCUCUCGGAAACCGAUAAAAUUAGAGCAAAGCAACUUGAAAAAAGAACGCCUUUACAUUCUUUCCUUGGAAUUGCUGAGUCCUCGCAACAAGAAGGAAUCACUGCAACAAGUGAAGAAUUAUCUAUAGUCCAGCCAACUAAUCCAUGUAAUAUAACACCUGAGGAGUAUUUUGAUCCUGAAGUAGAUUUACAAAAUAGAGAUAUUGGUAGGCCAAAAGAAAUCAAUGCAAAAGUGCAAAAAUUCAAGGCCACUCUCUGGCUUAGUGAAGACUAUCCCCUUAGUUUGCAAGAACAAAUAAUGCCAAUAGUUGAUUUAAUGGCCACAACUAGUUCACACUUUGCAAAAUUGAAAGAUUUUAUACAAAUGCAAUUACCAUCCGGAUUUCCUGUAAAAAUUGAAAUUCCUCUAUUUCAUAUUUUAAAUGCCCGAAUAACAUUUGGAAACAUAUUUGGAUUAGACCAAGAAGUGCCGCAUGUCGGGCGCUUAGAAGAAGCGAACCGACUGACUUGUUUAUUAGAUGACGUGUGUUUUGAAGCCCCAGCAGGAUACGUCAAAUUAGGACCUGAAGUUCGCGCACAAUUUAGUGUUGAUGAGGAAGACGAUUUAUUGCAGAUAGCGAUUCAACAAAGUCUUCUUGAUACUGGUGGCGAACGAGAAGUUUGCGAUGAUGAGGUUGAUAUAUGGGAGGCUUUAAACGCACAAAAACCAUCUCGUCGAUCUUCCUCAAAUAUGACUGACACAGAAGAAAAGUUAUUCCAAAGAGCCAUUCAAGAAAGCUUAGCCCUUUACCAAGAAACUGUCGGUGGUAGCAGCAGGGAGACUGAAACAAAUAAUGCAGAAGACGACGAAGAAGGCCGUGAAUCGUUGGAGAGUGCUGCAGAACAACUAAGACUUGCAUUAAGACUUUCUAAGCAACAGCAAGCAGAAGAGGAAGAACGUCGGCUUCUUGAAGAAGAGACGUUCAGACAAGUUUUAGAGCUUUCACUCACUGAUAAGUGAACUUUAAUAAUUAAUUCAGUCAUAGACAUUUAAGAUUUUAAAGAAAAAAACUGCCCAUGCGCAGUACUACUGGCAACAACACUGAUAAAUCUUCCAGCAGCGUGCUUCAGAAGAAGUAAUUAAAUUUUUUCAUACACUGUAGAGAGCAUCGAGUCAAGCGUAAUUAUUAUGCUGAAUAUUUGUUAUAAAAAUUUACAACUAUAUUGUGUGGUUAGUGAAAGUAAGAAUGACAAGUUAGUGAUAAAAAAAAAUGGAUCAUUUAAAUUGCGUUAUUUAUUUCUUAGCUAACUUUUAUAUGAAGUAAUAGAACUCAUUUUGAAUGUAUGGACAAUGAAAUCUUGUUACAUUUACAGUGAUCGUUUUUUGAUGUUACAAGAAUUCUCUGUCAUAAUACCGAUCUCAAAAAUAGGCAAACAAAAGAAUCCUAUUUGUUGAAAGUAUAACGUAAGUUAUUAAAUUUGUCAAUAUUUGAAAUAAAACGCUUAUAAUU